CCGGCCGCCGCCAGUCCCGCCGCGCCGCCCGCCGACGGGCUGCCCUUCCGCCGGGGCGUGCGCCUGCUCGAGAGCGGCGCCGUGGACAGCGUCCUGCAAGUGGGUUUCCACCUGAGUGGAACUGUCACGGAGCCCGCCACUGCGACGGAGCCAGAGAUGACCUACAAAGUGGCCAUCAGCUUCGACCGCUGCAAAAUCACCUCGGUGACAUGCGGUUGCGGGAACAAGGACAUUUUUUAUUGCGCCCAUGUGGUGGCCCUCUCCCUGUACAGGAUCCGCAAGCCCGACCAGGUCAAACUCCGUCUUCCCAUCUCAGAGACCCUUUUCCAGAUGAACAGGGACCAGCUCCAAAAGUUCGUUCAGUAUUUAAUCACGGCUCAUCACACCGAGGUGCUGCCCACCGCCCAGAAGCUGGCGGAUGAGAUCCUGUCCUCCAACUCCGAGAUCAACCAAGUGCACGGUGCCCCGGACCCUACUGCCGGGGCCAGCAUCGACGACGAGAACUGCUGGCAUUUGGAUGAGGAGCAAGUGAGGGAGCAGGUCAAGCUGUUCCUCUCUCAGGGAGGCUACUAUGGCUCCGGGAAGCAGCUCAACUCCAUGUUCGCCAAGGUCCGCGAGAUGCUGCGGAUGAGGGAUUCGAACGGGGCCCGGAUGCUGACUCUGAUCACAGAGCAGUUCAUGGCUGACCCGCGGCUCUCGCUCUGGCGCCAGCAGGGCACAGGCAUGACGGACAAGUGCCGGCAGCUCUGGGACGAGCUGGGGGCUCUGUGGGUGUGCGUGGUGCUGAACCCCCACUGCAAGCUGGAGGAGAAAUCCUGCUGGCUCCGGCAGCUGCGCAAAUGGAGCGACAUGGACGUGUGCCCCUUGGAGGAUGGCAACUACGGCAAUGAGCUGCCCAACAUCACCCACGCGCUGACCCAGAGCGCCGGGCACAGCCAAGACUCCCUGGCCAGGCCGCGGCGGACAGUCUUCACUCGGGCCAUCGAGGGCUGCGACCUGCACUGGCAGGACAGCCACUUGCAGCGGAUCAUCAGCAGUGACUUCUACGUGUCCCCUUCCUACCAGAGGGAGGGGGAGAGCCUGCUCUUCAAUUCCCAAGGACAGCCCCUCUGGCUAGAGCACGUCCCGACCGCGUGCGCCCGGGUGGACGCCCUGCGCUCCCACGGGUACCCCAAGGAAGCGCUCCGGCUCACCGUGGCCAUCAUCAACACGCUGAGGUUGCAGCAGCAGCGGCAGCUGGAGAUCUAUAAGCAUCAGAAGAAAGAGCUGCUGCAACGCGGAGCCACGACCAUCACCAACCUGGAGGGCUGGGUGGGCCACCCACUCAACCCCGUCGGCUGCUUGUUUCUCACCUUGACCGAGGCCUGUCGGCUAGAAGAGGAAAGCUGCCUGGAGAUUUCAGAUGCCAGCGACGCCAAGCCCCCCGUGUACCAGCAUGUGCCAGUGGCAACAGGCAGCCCGGACAGCGGCGAGUCAUACCUGGCCCUGGCGCUGGAGGUGGCGCUGGUGGGGAUGGGGCAGCAGCGGGUGAUGCCCGAGGGGCUGUACGCGCAGGACAAGGUGUGCCGCAACGAGGAGCAGAUCAUCACCCGUCUGCAGGAGCUGGAGCUGGAUGCCGCGCUGGUGCAGACCCUGCGCAAGCAAUGCAUCCUGCUGCUGGAAGGGGGGCCCUUCAGCGGCCUGGGGGAGGUGAUCCACCGCGAGAGCGUCCCCAUGCACACCUUCGCCAAGUACCUGUUCUCCGCCCUGCUGCCGCAUGACGCCGACCUGGCCUACAAGCUGGCACUGCGGGCCAUGAGGCUGCCUGUGCUGGAGACGACCGCCCCGUCUGGAGACGUCUCCCACCCUCACCACCUGGUCUCAGUGGUGCCCAGCCGGUACCCGCGCUGGUUCACCCUGGGACACCUGGAGUCGCAGCAGUGCGAGCUGGCCUCCACCAUGCUCACCGCCGCCAAAGGAGACAUGCUGAGGUUACGUACGGUGCUGGAAGCCAUCCAGAAGAACAUCCACUCCUCCUCCCUCAUCUUCAAGCUGGCCCAGGACGCAUUUAAGAUCGCCACGCCGGCCGACAACAGCUCCGACACGACGCUGCUCAACGUGGCGCUGGAGCUGGGGUUGCAGGUCAUGCGCAUGACGCUGUCCACCCUCAACUGGCGCCGGAGGGAGAUGGUGAGGUGGCUGGUCACCUGCGCGACAGAAGUGGGCGUGCGGGCACUGGUGAGCAUCCUGCAGAGCUGGUACACACUCUUCACGCCCACCGAGGCCACGAGCAUCGUGGCAGCGACGGUGAUGUCCCACAACACCAUCCUGCGGCUCAGCCUGGACUACCCACAGCGGGAGGAGCUGGCCAGCUGUGCCCGGACCUUGGCGCUGCAGUGCGCCAUGAAGGACCCACAGAACUGUGCCCUGUCGGCCCUGACGCUCUGCGAGAAGGACCACAUCGCCUUCGAGACGGCCUACCAGAUUGUCAUCGAUGCCGCCUCCACCGGCAUGACCUACUCCCAGCUCUUCACCAUUGCCCGCUACAUGGAGCACCGGGGCUACCCUCUGAGGGCCUUCAAGCUGGCCUCGCUGGCCAUGACCCACCUCAACCUGGCCUACAACCAGGACACGCACCCGGCCAUCAACGACGUGCUGUGGGCCUGCGCCCUGAGCCACUCCCUGGGCAAGAACGAGCUGGCCGCCAUCAUCCCGCUGGUGGUGAAGAGCGUCCACUGCGCCACGGUGCUGUCGGACAUCCUCCGCCGCUGCACCAUGACGGCGCCGGGCCUGGCUGGCAUCCCCGGCCGCAGGAACUCGGGGAAGCUCAUGUCCACGGACAAGGCGCCGCUGCGGCAGCUGCUGGACGCCACGAUAAGCGCGUACAUCAACACCACGCAUUCCCGCCUCACCCACAUCAGCCCGCGGCACUACGGCGAGUUCAUCGAGUUCCUCAGCAAAGCCCGGGAGACCUUCCUCCUGGCCCAGGACGGCCACAUCCAGUUCGCCCAGUUCAUAGACAAUCUCAAGCAGAUCUACAAGGGCAAGAAAAAACUGAUGAUGCUGGUGAGGGAGCGUUUCGGGUGAGCACGGGCACAGCGAGAAGAGGGACGACGACAACGCCGAAGACACCAACCCCCACCGGCCAGUCUCGUUGCAUUCGACCAUUUCACAUCCGCUGAGGAUUCAAGGGCACAUAAACCAAAAGACAAGCAUGGGAAGAGCGAUCCUUUUUGUUUUGCUUCGUUUUGUCGUUCAGCCUCCUACACUCCCGAGCGUAUCAUACGUGAAUACCAAAAGCGAACCUGGACACCUGAUACCUCUUUCCUACGGGACGCGGCGCCCAGAGGCUGUGACGCGCCGAAAAAUAAAGAAAAAGAGCAAAGCCAAUGGCAGCGCCGGAGUGGCGGCUUUGCAACUCGCGGAGACUGGCAAACUCUUUUUUUUUUUUCCAUUUGUGAAGAUACUGAAACGAAAGGAAAAAAUAAUAACCCCCCCAACAAACAAUGAAAGUAACUGUUCUCAGGGAUUGCUUACUAAAAGUAACAAAAGAAAAAAAAAACAUUUAUGAUGCUGUAAAUACUAUAGUAUAUGUGUCAAUUAUUAAAUUGUAAAGUUAUAAUUAUUUAUAAUUCUGUCUUUUAUUUGGGGGAUACUUGAAAUUGUCAGGGGCCGGGACGUUUCUUUCUUGGGGUUUUUUUUUUGUUCGUUUGUUUUUUAAUUUAACGAGAAUCAAUAAAAGCAGGAGGAGACACACGAACGUUUCUCAGGUUUCCCCGGCCUCUCCGGUGCUGGAUGCGGCAAGAGGGUGGGGGAGGGAAGAUGCCGGCAAUUGGAAACCGAUGCCGAGCUAUGCAGGACCCCGGCGCAAGAAAGAGCAGGACCACGGGCCAGCGGAUGGGCCCCUCUGCACAGACACAGCGUGGGCUCGGAUCCUGUGGAGAUGGACGCUGGCUGGAGACCGGGCUCUCGCCUUGCCUGGCGUCUGCCGGAGGGAUUGCGUUGUGCUUCCACAGGGCGAAGCCGCCAGCUGCCAGGAGGAGGAGACGUGGGUGCACGAAGCAGUUGAGCCCUGGUGUACAUAGCUCGAAUUUGGGCCUUCCUCGCAGCGUGUGCAUGUGCGUGCGAGAGGUGCGUGGGCAUGUGCGUGUUGGGGUGGGAGCAGGAACAUGCCACGGGCUCGAUUUCUGUCCUCUUGUUUCCUAGUCAUGUCCGCGCCUUGCCGGAGCCUGCGUGAGGCAGGCCCGCGCCACCGCCUCCUGCCGCCCAGUGACUUGGACUGGAUUGGGCCGGAGGGAGAGCAGAGCCGGCUCUUUGUAUUCCCCGUGUCUUUGUGUUCCCUGGUCCCAUGUGUUCACCCCUACACGGGUCGGGAGGGCAGGGGGGGAAGUGACUUGUAGCUAGAGAAAGUGGGCUAACGACCUGCCGUCGGGUUCGGUUUUCUUUUGGUGUCUGCGCGACAGGCACGGGCAGCCGGUUGUGCGCAGUGUUUGUCGCCACCCAAGUAUCAUUCUCCAACCAGUUUGUUUCUUUCUCUUUCUUUUAUUUCCACCCUCGUGUGCAACUCUUGACCGAACUGUUCGUA